UUACUGGUACUAAUCCACAGCCAGGUCAAGCCUCAUUGUCAACUUUUAAUAGAUAUUUAACACAAUAAAUAUAUAUAACCAUUCAACUUUUAAUGUACUACUAUAUAAUUAUUCUCUUGUCCAAAAUCUCCAACUUCAUUUUCUCAUGGAUAACUUUGCAGCAGCCAUGUCUUCUUCUUCAUCAUCCUUCUUCAACAUGAUGAUGACCUCCCAACCACACGAUAUCGAUCAUCAUCAAGUAUUAAUCCAACACAAUAAUAAUGGAUUCAUGGAGCAAAAUCAAAGUAUUCCGACGGCCGCUGAGCCGGAAAACGAGGCGAAAGGCGGGAAGAAAAAGGGGGAGAAGAAGAGCAGAAAGCCUAGAUUCGCCUUCCAAACUAGAAGCCAAGUUGAUAUACUUGAUGAUGGAUAUAGAUGGAGGAAAUAUGGUCAGAAGGCUGUCAAGAACAAUACAUUUCCCAGAAGCUAUUAUAGAUGCACGCAUCAAGGUUGCAAUGUGAAGAAACAAGUGCAGAGGCUUUCGAAAGAUGAAGGGAUAGUGGUGACUACUUAUGAAGGCGUGCAUUCUCAUCCAAUCCAGAAAUCUACCGACAAUUUUGACCACAUUCUUAGUCAAAUGCAGAUAUACACUUCUUUAUGAUCAUAAUUCCACAUAUACGCGCCAAUUUCUCAAAAAUAUUACACGUCCAAAUAUUAAUACUGUAUCUUUGCUAGUGUUUCAGACUUAGAUAUAUAUAUCUCUGUGAAUUUUACUCAGAUAAUACUAUAUACAUGUUUUUUUUUU